AUGCGCGUGAAUCAGAUCAUCAUGUUAGUGCUACUUUCGAUCUCGACAAGGAUUCAAAUCGCGUCAACCGCAUCAUGCUCGGACAAAGUGUCUUCCGGUGACAAAGGCGUCGGUAUCUCUGCAGAAGAUGCUCCACUGUGUCCUACUAAUGGUGGAGUCGGCUGCUUUGGUGGAAGCGUUGCCUGUCGCUUUUGCAUGGCAUUUAGCACGCCGCAGAGCUCGCACUUGGCCGCAUGCAAGGCAAAAGCGUCAAGUUCAUCAGUGUCUCCGACGGUGACACCUUCCGCGACGCCUUCAACAGUGGCUCCAUCGUCGACCACUACCAAUGAUGAUUGCAUCGAGGAUCUUACAGUCGCGUAG